AUGGAUGCGCAGAAUGCUGCCAGGCCCGACAAGACGAAGCCUGCCCCCGCUGCUGCUGCGUCCGACUCGAACAAGCGACCUGAUCAUGUCCCCGACCACAAGCGCCCAGCCACCUCGGCCUCCGCCAAACCUGCUGUAGCCGCCUCUAAACCAACGAGCAUUGCGGACAAGGAUGCAAAGACGAACGCAAGUCCGUCCGCCGAUGCUGGAGACGACCGCGGUACCGUGGACGGCGCGAGCUCCGACGCCGAGACCAUCGUGCUACCGGGAAAGAUGGCCACUCACCUUCCAAGCAUAGAGACCUGCUGCACCGUCACCAUCUCUGAAGAAGAAACGGCUGCCCGACCGCUAUCCAAGGACCGGACAAAAGCUGACAAGCUUAUCCCCCAUAAACGGAAGGCGCCCAAGGUGGAGUCUGAGGAUGAAGAGGAACAACGGAAGGCACGGCGCCAGCGGACCGCUCCUGCCUCAACUGGUCCGUCUGGAGCCGACCCGCACACUCAGAAACAUGGCAGAGAAGUACAACAUAUUGUCCAGCUUCUGAUCGAGGCUGGCUGUAACCUCGAUUGCGUCAAUUAUGAUAAAGACACGCCCUUGCUUGAUGCCGUCGACAAUGGUCACCUGCGUGUUAUCAAGCUCCUGCUCGAUGCUGGCGUAAAUCCUCGGAAAGCCAACGUGCAUGGCGAGGAGCCUAUCGACAGAGUCAACGACGAGAUGGACAAUGCCGGCGAGAUCCGCACGCUUCUAACAGACGCGAGGCAGCGCAUUGGAGACCGGCGGCGCACUUCCGAGGAACAUCACACCGAGCGCGCCGAGUCGCGUCCGUCCCACGGCCCCGAAAGCCCGCGUCAGUCGCCAGUCCCCUCUUCGCACUUGGCGGCCGCUGCGUCGGGAAGGCGAAACACAAAUGUGAGAUCAACGAAGACUAGCAACCAUCUGCUGUAUAUGCCGAUGGACGACAAGACGCUACGCCAAGCUGCGGGCCGCGGAGACGAGGAGACAGUUACGCGCAUUCUUCAAGUCCGGGAUGGCUGUGAUGAUCCAGAGGCCAUGGUCAAUGCUGCUCGCGGCGGCCAUGACCUUGUCAUGCAGCUUCUUCUCGCGCUCGGCGGCGCUAAUCCAGAUCCUCCUCCGGUCACCAACGUGGCCCCCGAUGUAGCAACCCCCAUGUUGGCUGCGAUAGGUCAGGAAAAUAUCAAAGUCAUACAGCUCCUGUUGGACCAGAACAACUUUGAUCCUACUAGGAGGUUCAAGGGAGAUACCUAUUACGAGAUUGCCCGUCGCCGAGCCGGCCCGAACUGGAAGGAGGAGGAGCACAUUCUACAAAGAGCCUACGAGGAAUACAAAAAUCCAGGACAAAGGAUUCUUCCAAGAAAUCUCCCAGGCGACCUAAAAGAAGAUCGUGUUCCAUCAAUCACCGUGUCCGACCGCGAAAACUCACCGGCUGUUCACAAACAGACCAAGGCGAAGCGGACCGAGUCUGACCUGGCAGCGGUUUCUUCCGAGGGUGAGAGUGCUAAGCCAAGAAGAAAGCUAAUUUCAAAAGGCGAGCUGCGGAGCGAGCGUGAGAAGCACCGUCGAACAAGCCAAGUCUCUACGGGAUCGUCGAUAAAGGAUCCAGCGAGCCCCCAGGAAUCUCGAACCGAAGAUCAGCCCGAAAAGGAAAAAGUGAAGGGCGAGAAAUACCACGACCGGACCAAGGCCAUUAAGCGAGACGAAUCCAAAGACCGUCUCUCCGUUUCUGGCGACAAUAGCUCCAAGCGGCACCGUUCUAGUGCUACCCCUCCUCAUUCAGUUAGCGGCGACAAAGAUGAUACCGAAGUGCCAGCGAAACGCCGACGUCUCGAUGCCGAGGGCAAGGAACGGAGACCGAAACUCACCGCUACAUCCGCAGAAGAUCGUCCGGCGAAAUCUAGCCUUUCUCGCGAACAAUCUCUUGCGCGGUCCAUGAAAUCGUCCAAGGUAGGCACCAAGAUUCGCGACGAUGAAGACAAGGAACCCAAGGCGAAGAAGACCGUUUCGGACCCUCACCGGCGCGAGUCGGCCAAGUCCACGUCAAGCGAAAAGUCUAUCCACGUCAAGUACGAGGACGCAGAUGUGGAUAUGGCUGAUGCGCCUCCCGCAAUGCCCACCGAUGGCGGCGAAGCUAAACUUGGAAGUGGCAAGGUCAAAGAUGGCCAACAAAAUAGCCAGGACAAGAAGCGACCCGCUGACGAUGCUGAUAUCGCCGCCAACAAAGAGGACAAGAAGCGACGCGAUGUAGAAGAGAAGGAGCGAGAGCGCAAGAAGAGGCGAGAGGAGGAGGAGGCUAAGCGGAAGGAGGACGAGGAGCGGAAGCGCCGCGCCGAAGACGAGAAGGAAAGAAGGCGGAAGGCGGAAGAGGAGCAGCAGAAGAAGAAGGUGGAAGAAAAGGAACGCAAGCGCAAGGAAGAGGAGGAGCGGAAGAAGAAGCAGGAAGAAGAGGAGCAGCGGCGGAAGAAACAGGAGGAAGAGGAGCAGCGGAAGAGGAAGCAAGAGGAAGAGGAACGGAAGAAGAAGCAAGAGGAGGAGCGGAAGAAGAAGCAGGAGGAGGAGGAGCGGAAAAAGAAGGAAGAAGAGGAGCGCCUCCGCAAGGAAGAAGAAGAGCGCAAGAAGCGGGAAGAAGAGGAGGAGAAGCGACGUGAAGAAGAGGAGAGGAAACGUCGCGAGGAGGAGGAAGAGCGCAAGCGUAAACUGGAAGAAGAGCGCAAGCGCAAGGAAGAGGAGGAACGGCGACGGAAAGAGGAAGAGGACCGCAAGCGCAAGGAAGAAGAGUUGCGGAAGCAGCGCGAAGAAGAAGAACGUCUUCGGCGCGAGCAACUCGAGCGCGAGCGCGAGGUGGAGGCAGCACGGCGGAAGCGCGAAGAAGAGGAGCGCCGGGAGCGAGAGCAUCGCGAACGACAACGAGCCGCGCGCGAAGCCGAGCAGCGCCGUCUCCGAGAGGAGCAGGAGCGGAGCGGAGAGGUUGCGCAAAAAUUCAAGAAGAUGCAGGGUAUCCGAUACGACACGAUUCGACCAGAGGCAACGGGCGUAGCCGACGGGAGGGAGCAAUGGGUCCUCAACACUCAGGUGGCCCUCCUGCUUGGCGAGAAAGACCUCAGUCUUUCCCGAUAUACGGCAUGGGAGAAAAUCCCAGUCUCGCACCUGGCGAAGAAAGCGAUUUGGCGUGUUGAAUCGGAGCGGUAUUCGCUCGUUUCCGAAAGCAUGUUCGAGCUCGGCCUACAGCUACCGAAUUACUACGGCGAUGGGGUUGACCCACAAAGGAUGAGCUACAACGUCAUUGAACGGCUUCGUGGCGAGGCUUGGGAAAAGUUCCUCGGCCUCGACAUGUUUUUCGUCAAGCUUUCCGACCUCUUGUUCAUUGUGCCGACUAUCCCCCACUUACGCGGCAUUAAGCUCAAUGUCGAGUAUCGUGAACUUCCCGAGACGGAAAACCAACUCUGUGGGUGGAGAGCGCCGCAAAAAUGGAGGCAGGACCCGGAUGCGGAUCGAUUCCUCGGUUUCGCGCCUCGGAGCAAGUAUUACGUCAACGGCAUCCUGGUAGGGGAAGAGAAGCCCGGCCUCUCGGCAACCAGCAGCGAACCCUUUCCGGAAAAACGGGUACCACGCCGAAACGGAUUUCAGCAAGUUCUCCCCGGUGACCCCGAGUACGCCCAGCUCUGCAAGGAGCAGGGUCUCGAGCAUCUGUUGGCAGAGUCGCGUAGCGCAACAUCACAGAUGAACGGGGUCCCGGUCAACGGGCCAGUCUCUACAGCGCAUGGCCCCAAUGGGACGACUCACGCGGAGCCCGCGGCGAUGUUGACGGGUAAUGCUGGCGUGGCGGUGCCCAGGCAUGAUAUCCAUAGCCCUCAGCAUCAUCGGGCUCUUGUCAACGGAGUUAAUGGCAUUUCCGACUAA